AUGAUCGCAAUGACAGAUUCAGGAUAUAAAGACAUAACAACAGAACAACGAAAUCUGAACCCAUUUGCCAAAUUAGUACCUGGUCAAACAAUAGUAGAAAUCCCAGAAUAUCAAUUAGAAUGUGGUGAAACCCUAUAUAAUUUCCCAGUUGCAUAUAAGACUUGGGGUAGAUUAAAUAAUGAUCGUGAUAAUGCAUUACUCAUAUGUCAUGCCUUGACUGGAUCUUCAGAUGUUCAAGAUUGGUGGGGUCCAUUGUUGGGGACUGAUAAAACAUUUGAUCCAUCUAGAUUUUUCAUUAUUUGUAUAAAUUUCUUGGGAUCCCCCUAUGGAUCAUGUUCUCCAGUUUCAAUUGAUAAAAGUACGGGACAACCUUAUGGUCCUUCAUUUCCAUUAGUGACUGUAAAAGAUGAUAUUGGGAUUCAAAAAUUGAUUCUUGAUUCUUUGUAUAUUAAGGGUAUUGCAUGUGUGAUUGGUGGAUCAAUGGGUGGAAUGUUGGCUUUAGAAUAUCUGGCAACUUAUAAUGAUACCGGAUAUGUUAAGAGUGUAAUUGCAUUGGCUACUUCAGCAAGAGCAUCUGCAUGGUGUAUAUCGUGGAAUGAAACUCAAAGACAGUGUAUAUUCACCGAUCCUUAUUAUGAUGAUGGUUAUUAUUAUGAAAAUACAAUUAAACCUGAUGCUGGAUUAAGUUCAGCAAGAAUGGCAGCUUUAUUAACUUAUAGAUCAAGAAAUUCAUUUGAAACUAGAUUUGGUCGUAAACUUGGUUUACAAAAAUCUUCAAGCAUUAAUAGUCAAUUAUCACCUGAAGAAAAAUUAAAACAAGAAGAAGUUGAAAAGGGGAUUAGAUAUCCAAAAACAAAAGAUGAAGAACAUUGGUUAUUGCAUAAUGAAGGUAGUAGAUCUCAAUUAAAUAUGUCAAGUAUGAUGCUUAAUAAUGGCGCUACCAAGGGAGUUAAUCAAGAUAAAAAACCUCCUACAUAUUUUACAGCCCAAUCUUAUUUAAGAUAUCAAGGUAAUAAAUUCGUAAAUCGAUUUGAUGCCAAUUGUUAUAUUUCAAUUACAAGAAAAUUAGAUACUCAUGAUAUAACUCGUGGUAGAGUAGAUCCUGAUGAUACAAUAGAUUCAAAUCAUGAUCCAUUGCCAGGAUAUUUACAAACCUUAUCAGCUCCACAUUUAAUUGUCGGGAUUCAAUCAGAUGGAUUAUUUAUAUUUGCCGAACAAGAAUUAUUGGCUGAAAAUAUUCCUGAUUCAGAUUUAAAGAAAUUAAGUUCACCAGAAGGUCAUGAUGCAUUUUUAUUGGAAUUUGAAUUAAUUAAUGAUUAUUGUUUAAAUUUCUUAAAAAGUAAACUACCUGAAUAUUAUGAUAAAGAUUCAGGAAAAGUUGAUUUAUUUGAAGAUUGGGCUGAAUAUGUUGUAGAUGUUGAUAAUGGUGGGAAUUCUGUAUUUGGUGAAGCUGAAAAAAAUAUCACCAAUUGGUAG